AUGCUCGAGGCAAAAAUUACUAAAUCGGUGCGAUCGGCCGUCUACGGCUACAUCGAGGAGACCGUGGGCAUCAAGAGGAAGCUAAUGAUGUCCAAGUUACGAAAGCUCAGGGAGGAGAAGGAAGAAUCUAAGCUGGAACCCGUGCUUGUUGCCCUCAAAGAUGCUGUUGCAAAAGCAAUGCCAGAUAUAUUGGCUGCCUACUCACGGGACAUGGCCAAUUACCAGGAACGUCUGACCACUUGGGAAAACGAUAAAGCUUCCAAUGCAGAGCUGAAACGUCCCGGUGCACCGAAAAAGCUUUUCCGUUGGAAUUCUGACUGCCGAGCCCUUUUGGAACGCAUUGUGACCCUGCGUAUGGAGGCAGUUCACAAGAGUACUGGCAAGUGCGUUGAGGAGGAACAUUUGAAGCGCUUCUACCAUACGCUGAUCCCAUUGUGGCCGGACAACUGGAUAUCGGUUGCCGCCCUUUGGCGAGCUGGCCUUCCGACUUACCAACGUCUGAAGAUGAAAUUCUCUCCACCAGGCACCCUCACCAAUCCCGCAACCUCCGUGGCUAGCACUACUGGCAGCAGUAGUAGUGCCAGCCAACAGCCGAACCUUAGUCAGUCGGUCGCCACGCAGCCUACCGAAGAAAGGACUCCAAAGUCUACCGCAUCCAGCAUCAGACCUGACCCCGUUACCGGCAGAGGUAGCACUACCACCACCACUAUCCCCGUUUCCUGUUCUGACGUCGAAAUUUUUGUGGAGUCUAUGCCUAUCUCCACUCUAGCAUCGAACACAAAGACGCCUCAGCGACAGGAACAGCAACAGCAAAACAGCAGCCAAAAAUUACCCACCUCUCAGUGUGCCCCACAGCAGGAACGGAGAAUCAGCGUUGCACCCAACGUACGCGUCACCGGACAAAUUCCUCAUUCGUUCCAGCCGAUUCCUGUUUCGCCUACCAAGACUGCACCGCCUGCAGUGGCUGCUCAAUCGCCGACUAAGCCAAUGCCAAAGCACCCCAAAAUUACCCUUCCCGUACAGUCGAACAAGUCGGUUGUAGGAUAUGUCCAAAAUAAUUCCACCGCCAACCACUCCUCCGCUAUGAAAAACUCCAGUUUGAUCGACUUGUCUACGAGUCCGGGUAAUAAGACACCACCCAAAACAUCCCUCCCACCAAUCUCCUCCUUCAGCCCUCCCUCCAUAAUCUCCUCUCCUCACGCCAAUCACGCUCAUCACAAUGGAACGGCUGUUAUUUCUACGCCGAACACCCCGAGUUCGACCACCAAAUCGCCGGCAUCAGCGAGCUCCCUCCUAAUAGCCCGCGGUGCUGCUGGCUUGAUGUCA